UUAUACAAUAGAAAUAACAAAAUCAGUUAUGAAAUCGCUGAAAAAUUAGGGGUAAGCGUCGACGAAUCAUGCAACAGUCUGUUCCUCGUAAGAAAAAGUUUUAUCACAUCAUGAGAUUACUUACGACACGAAAACUACUGUAACUUUACGUACGAUAAGGUGUCACCCUGUCAAAUGAAUGGUCUGAAACCAUACUUAUUGCUUCAUACUCCACGUUCAUGCAAUUUUCAUUGCCUUUCAUGUAUGGGUGCAAGUGAUCUUUACACAGUGGUUUAUUGCUCAAGACAAAUAGACCUUGAUAAUUCAACCAUUCGUACAUUACGCAAAUCAAUCUCUGGUCAAUGUCAUUUCUGCUGCAAAUACAUUGACCAGAAGAUGGUCACUUCCCCUACAAUUCCCCUUACCAAGGGAAACCAUCGAUGCUAAUGGGUGUACGUUAACACUCGACUAAUCCUUUUCACACGUUUUACGUGUGAAGUAUAAAAAUCUAUACCUCCCUUCCUUCAAGGCCAACCUGCAGUAUAAUUGGAAAUAGCGACAAAUACUUUACACUCAGCAACCAACGAUUGGACAGCGAAAUAUUUCUAGCGUUUCGCGAAAACAGUGUCAAGGAAUAUCAUUGACAAUCGAUCCGUACAGGAAGCAGUGGCCAAGAUGUAAGCACGCGAUUAGACGAAAUCACGCAAUUAGAACGUAACCAUUAGUUUCUGCUCUCGGGUGGCGAAAGAAGAGAGGGUGGCAAAAGCUAGCAGAGGCGAAACGAUCGGUGAAACGUUUCACCUUGAAGAACUUCGACACGGAGGGGGUCAACCGCGUGCUCCGGAACAAGUUUCCCUGUACGCCGUUCAACGAUACACGAACGGACAUACGUGGUCAUAGCUACCACCGAUUUCGAACCCUUUUGCAUCACUUAGGCAUGCGCAAAGUUCACGCUGGUCAACGUUAUUGAGUGGCCGCUGGGUAAAAAUAUACGUGUAGCCCGUCUACCGUCUAUGUCGGUCGAUUCUAAGGACAUUGUCCAGUCUGUGAACUCGCGGGCGGCGUUGCGAGCCGGUUAGUAAUGCCGUGGACAUCGCGCAACCCUCCUCGUCGCUUUCCUUCGCGAUCGUUUUCCUCACCGUCGAAUCAUUUCCCAAAUAUUCACUGCGAAUCAUUACAUACAAAUCGCGAGACAAUGCUCUAAGUGUUCGUUCUCGGAUAUCUUCAAGUACAAUGUUAUAAUAAAUCGGUGAAAAUUUAAGAAAACGUGUUUGAAAGGUGUGAAAAACACGUUGGAGGUAUGAAAUAAAAAGAUUUGUCACAAGUUUUCUCCUGGAAUAAUUCAAAAAAUAAUUACAUCAACGUUGGUGAUACACAGUCGUCUGAUAUUAGACGGACCGUUUCUACUUGAAGGAGUUCAACCGUUCCAGGAUGGUGAUCCUUUCCACUUAAUCUUUCCGGCUCGACGGUUUUCACAGCCAAAGGGAUUUCGGUGUAUUAAAAUGCACGACGAGGGGGUUUCUUUGAAAAUUUGCUGAAGAGGAAGGGAACAUGCCUGCUGGAAUUACCGCCUUGCCACCAGCUACCAACGUAGAUCAUUUCAACCUCGAACGAAAGGAUCAUCCAGCGUUCACGAUCCUUCAGAAGGACGGUCUGGACACGAGUCUGCCUCUUCUGCACGUGAACGGCGACGACGUUUCGAACGGAUCGGAAGUCCACGGACUCGAGAGCGUCGGGAACAACCUGUUUGAUCGGAAAUGUAUCAGCAGAUCGAACGACCAUCUGCUUCAAGCCGCGCUUCAAUACAAUCAAACGAAUCCGUUGAAGAAGAAGCCGAGAAGCCGAAGUCAAGACAGCGCGCGUUCGUCGGAGAAAAUUCCGGCCAUUAAACCGAGCAUCACUUUGUCGACUGAGAACUUCAACGAGGUUUUGAACGCGAAAUUGAAGAAACUACAGGAACAGGAGAGGCAGGAACAACGUAGGUGCGGGAGGAAGAACGAGAACCUCGGUAGGAAACCGUUCAUCAGCACCGUGAAAACCGGAGAAUUCCUGAUGCCGCCGCCGGAAGUGGCGGCCUUACUUGGCAUCGCACCACCCGCGAACGGCAGCAACGAAAUCGACGUUUGCCCUUUGCGGUCGAGAUUCAAAUCCCUCGUGUCGCUGGCCAGGAGGCCGGAAGUACGUCACAGCAGCCACAAUGCCAGGUGUCCGGCCGCGCUCAAGGCCACCGUCGACUACACCCUCGGAAUGAUGAACGCGACCACCAUCGCUGCAUCGACCUUGGACGACAGGGUGAAAACGAUCAAGAGAAACGACUCGACCGAUCAACCGAUUCCUUUCGGGAAUAUCAUGUUUGAUCGUCGGGUCGUUCGCGGAAGUACCUGCGCGACUGCCCCUAUUCUCGUCGACGGAGAUCAAUCGUUAGCAGCCAGGCAAGCGGAAGCUAGGCGAAGAAACCUGGCGAGAAAAAGAGCGCAAGCUCAAGCGUCAAAAGCGCUCGUCCUUCGAAAAGGUUCACCGCCUCCGGUUCCGGGUCGCAAACACGAGCCAGUGCAAACGGACCUCUUUCUCGAGGAGCUAUCGGAGAAACCAGAGGAAUCGGAAGUCGGAACGCAGACCGAUUACUUCUUAGACAGGCCUCCGACCCCCGAAUACUGUCCGCCGAAGGUUGGCGAAGAUGUUUGCACGCAAAUCGAACCCGGUGAUCUGUUCGACUUCGACUUCGAAGUGCAACCGAUCCUCGAGGUACUCGUUGGGAAGACGAUGGAGCAGGCGUUGAUAGAGGUCCUCGAAGAAGAGGAAAUCGCUGCUCUAAGAGAGCAGCAAAGGAAAUUCCGAGAGUUACGCGCUGCAGAGAAUGCAGAAGCCCGAAGAUUGGAAGAACAGGAAAGAAGAAUCAGAGAAGAAAAGGAUCAACGAUUAAGGCAACACGAGAAAGCGAUGGUGGCUCAGAAGGAAACGGAAGAACGAAUCGCGGCGGCGACUCUUUUAACAGGAUACAUUGCCGAACUUCUUCCGGCUGUUCUAGAAGGGUUGAAAAUGUCUGGAUUCAUAUUGGACGAGAUCAAGGCUGAUGUCGAGGAAGGUUUUGUACCAUGGUUGAUGAAAGAGGUGAAGAAGGAGAUGGGCAACAUGAUCGAGAGUAGAGAACUACUGAUGGAAAUCGUCAGAGAGAUUCUGGAGAGUCGUGCGGAGACUUACAGAAAACUUGGCGAGGAGUACGAUGCGUCGAGGAUGAAACCGUCGACGGAGCAUGUAGAAGGUGGUGGCAGCGAUCCAAAUUUCGUGAAUUAUCAACCCCCAGUUAUAGAAAACACAGACGCCGUUUAAAAUACUCUUUAUUCGUCACGAAUCAAGGAGAAGAUGAAAUGGAAUUAAAAGGAGCGAUUCAAAUUAAGAGAAGACCAAUAGUGAUUCGACGCAAACAUUUAAAGUAAUCCAAAAUAAAUGAAAUUGUUUAAUAUUAUUUUCCUAUGUCCUUUUUUCUUUCACUCCUGUGUAUAUUUUCCUUGGCUAA